AUGUCCAGAAACCGCAGCCGGACAAUCGCCCAAUGGUUUUGGCCAUCCGACGACAACCUUCCACUACGAACUUCUCCGUGGUGCCUGUCGCGCAAUAGAAACGUCCAAUUUCUAGCAUCCAAAAGUCCGACAUCAACCGCUACAAUGGCGUCCGCGAAGCGAGGCCCAACAGUGCUGGUGACCGACUCGCGAGAGCGUCCUCCACCUCGAGGUGCCCUCCAGCGCCAAAAUACCGGUCUAGGUGCUGGCCAACCCCGACCCGCAAUGCGCUUUAUAUCCGUCGACAACGUUCUCCAGUACGCGUCCGAGAUCCCAUCAGGCCAACCCAGAGUACCACCCACUACCCAACGCCCAAAUGUGGUUGGUUCAGCAGCAUCGGGCUCGCGCCGUGCGAGUACCGGGCCCGGCAUUAGUCUUCCGAAUCUUCAGACUAGGAUGGUUGGGCAGAGCAUGCCCUCCCGUACGACUAAGAUCAGCGAGAAGCUCGUCCUCCUACCCGAGACCGACGAUAAACCUGGCUCUGACGAGGAUCUUGAUGAAGAGGCGAGCAAGAUUGCCCGGCAGUUUGAGGAGGAGGAGAAUCGCCCCCUUCGCGACGAAGAACUUGACGUACUUCGCAAACGAGGCGGCAUCCGCGGUAAGAGCUAUGCAGAGCGUCUACCCAAAGUCCAGCGGAGGGAAAAGCUGGCCAGGUUGACGGCAUACUGCACGGCGCAAUCCUACAAGAUGCAAUCCACAGCAGAAUUUCUUCGUAAAAAACACGAGGCCAAAACGAAGCUCUACGACGAUUGUUUGUACGCUAUUUAUUCAUUGCCGCUGCUGAAUGGCAACGAGGGUUACCGCGUGCGCAGUCGGCCAAUUGUCAAGACUCCAGGCAGCGGCAAGACCGUGCUUGACCUGGAAAUUGAGCGUAGCGAGCAACGGGAUAACCAUGAGGGCUACUUUGAAGAGUUUGCUUACACGGGGAGCCCUAUCAAUGGGAACGGCGUGUACGAUGACUCUUCGCCUCGACAUCGAGAGCAGAGCCCCGACGAUCCGCACUCAUCGCCGCUCGCGCGUUUGGCCCCUGACGCGAAGAAUUUUGCAGAGAUGUUCUUGUUCUCGUAUGGCGUGGUCGUGUUCUGGAAUUUUACGGAGCACCAGGAGAAGGAUAUCCUUGCAGACCUGACCUUUGCGCAAAACGAGAAUGGCCUCUCGCUCAUUACUCGCCCCCUCGACGAGGAAGAUUUUGAGACGGAAGAGUUCCACUUCGAGUACAGCGCCGACGUAAAGCGACCCCGUAUCUUCAACGACAUGAUCACCCUGCUCCCGAGGAGCGACCACAUGGUGAAGCUGACCAUCAGCCACGCCAUCGCGCAGAGCACCAAGCUGUGUCUUUUCGAAGAACGCAUGAGUGAAACAAUGCUCGACGCGCAGCACGUACCCAAACGUUUAGCCCUUACGGGAGAGCUGAACAUGACGAGGACGGAGAUUGUUAAGAUUCUUGGGAGACUUUUCAAAUCUCGUGUCGAUAUUAACCUCUCAUCAAACAUCCUCGAUGUGCCGAAUUUCUUCUGGGAUUCAGAACCAACGCUCCAUCCGCUUUACGUUGCCAUUCGCGAGUACCUGGAAAUCGAUCCGCGCAUCAAAGUCCUCAACGAACGCUGCCGCGUUUUCCUUGACCUCGCCGAGAUUCUGGCCGACUCAGUCGCGGACGCGAAGAUGAGUUACAUCACGUGGAUCAUCAUCGUGCUCAUCAUUAUCAGUAUCCUGGUCACCGUUACCGAGGUUGGUCUCCGCUUCGGCAUUUUGUCAAAGAAUAAGGGCGAGGGCGAGAAGGCAGCCGUACCAUUAAUAUCCGCCGGUGGGGGCCAGACGGCAUCGCUACCAGGGAGCGUGAAGUGGGAGCUCGCGAAGCGGAACGUGAGUGUAGACGAGUUGAGGCUAUGGAGCCGGAUGCUCAGCGACGAGGAGGGGACGAGCGCAUGCGGCAGUCAAAUCGUCGGCAAAACGUACGCCGGCGUCUAA